GCUGCUCCGCUCCUGCCCGUGCGAGCGGCGGCGCCAUGACGGCGGAGGAGCGCCGGGCCGAGGAGAUGAGCGCGGCGGAGGCGGCGGCCGCGGCGGCCGCGGAGGGCCUCGACAUCACCGCCAAGCGCGACGGCGGCGUCCUCAAGGUGGUCAAGAAAGAAGGGACAGGGACAGAAUGCCCCAUGAUAGGGGAUAAAGUGACCGUUCACUACACUGGAUGGCUUCUGGACGGCACCAAGUUUGAUUCCAGCCGGGACAGAAAGGACAGAUUCUCCUUUGAUUUUGGAAAAGGUGAGGUUAUCAAAGCUUGGGACAUUGCUGUGGGAACUAUGAAGAUUGGAGAACUUUGUCAGAUUGUCUGCAAACCAGAAUAUGCCUAUGGCUCUGCUGGCAGCCCCCCUAAGAUACCUCCUAAUGCCACAUUAUUUUUUGAGGUUGAACUGUUCGAGUUCAAGGGAAAAGACCUAACCGAUGAUGAAGAUGGUGGAAUAAUUCGAAGGAUCCGAAAGAAAGGGGAAGGCUAUUCCAAACCUAAUGAGGGAGCCUUGGUAGAAAUUGAGAUUGAAGGUCGGCACGGAGAUAGAAUAUUUGACAAACGAGAGCUGCGGCUUGAAGUAGGAGAGGGAGAAAACUAUGACCUUCCUCCUGGCUUGGACAAAGCACUACAGAAAAUGGAGAAGUUGGAAGAAUCCGUGGUGUAUCUCAAGCCCAGCUAUGGCUUUGGAAGUGCUGGGAAACCGAAGUUUCAGAUCCCUCCAGAUGCAGAAUUACAAUAUGAAAUCAAACUCAAAAGCUUUGAAAAGGCAAAAGAGCCCUGGGAGAUGAACACCCAAGAGAAGCUGGAACAAGGUUCCAUUGCAAAAGAAAAAGGCACUCAGUAUUUCAAAGAAGGGAAAUACAAACGAGCAACAUUACAGUAUAAGAAAACUGUAUCCUGGCUGGAGCACGAAACAGGCCUGUCAGAUAUAGAGAAAACAAAGUCAAGGAACUUGAGGCUUGCUGCCCAUCUCAACCUGGCUAUGUGCCAUUUAAAACUGAAAGAAUACUCCCAGGUCUUGGAAAAUUGCAAUAAGGCCCUCGAAUUGGACAGCAGCAACGAGAAGGGCCUCUUCCGGCGAGGGGAGGCCCGGCUGGCGGUCAAUGACUUUGAGUUGGCCAGAGCAGAUUUCCAGAAGGUGCUGCAGCUCUACCCAAGCAACAAGGCAGCCAAAGCGCAGUUGAUGAUCUGUCAGCAAAAGAUCCGCGAGCAGCACGAGAGAGAGAAAAAAAUGUACGCCAACAUGUUUCAGAGACUUGCGGACAAAGAAGCCAAGCUGGAAGCUGACACAGGAUGCAAAGAAGAGGCAGAAAUGAAAGACGGCAAACAAAAUGGAGUUGAGGAGAAAACAGAAGUUGACAUAGAAGUUUGAGACUGAAAGCUGACCCGUUAAUUUUCUAAAACUCAAGAAUUUCCGGUGAACUAGACCUUUAUUUUUCUAUCUGAUUCAAUAAGGGGCAAUGGCUGGGGCUACAAUGCUGUUUAGUGUCUGUAUAGGAAAUGGUGGCAGAACAGAACCAAGUAAUGUUUGGUAUAUUAUUUAUUCAAUCAUGUAUCCUUACUCUGUUGUUGUUGAUCCUGAAAGUUCUGUUAGAAUCCUCUGUUUUCUCAUCUCCCUUGCUCCUUUCUCAGGUUCCAGCUUGGUCUAACCCUAAAUUUCACAUUAUCUCCCCUUCUUUCCUCCUCCUCUUUGAGAAAGUUUUAUCUGCACAUGCACACAGCUAUUGCAGGAGAGACCCAAAAACAAAGCGCUCCCUUCCGCUGCAGCUUCAUCCUCUCUUCUUUCUUCUGUCAACACAGAUGCUCUUCUGUCCUGGGCAGGCGUGGCCACCUUUCUUGUAACGUACCCUCUUCUGCACACCGCAGAAGAUGAAGACACAGGAAUCCAAAGCUUGAGCAAUAAACCGCCAAAACAGUC